AUGUUCUACCUUACCUUCAAAACCACAUUUCAGAUUGAUGCACGGGUUUUCCAUGAGAACUGCAUCCGGUGCCGUGUUUGUCAUGUCCAACUGCUGGACAAAUGUUACGAAAGAGGAGGCCAACUAUUCUGUAGCAUUCAUUAUUUCAAAGAUUGCAGUCCUCAUCAGUGUUCUGGAUGCAAACUUGGUAUUUCUCCCACUGAUAUGGUAUACAAGUUAAAAACUGGUAUGGUGUUUCAUGUGGAUUGUCAUGCCUGCAUUCGAUGUGGCUGCCGCCUCUAUCCGGGCGAGCAGAUCCUGGUCGACGAAGUCGAACGAACCGAGAUGGACUCAUUCGGGUACAAUUUUGAUUCGUACACUUUCUCGGAGUUCUGCGACGAUGAGAACAAAUUUCUGAAGCGGAGAGGACCCCGCACAACGAUAAAACAGAACCAGCUUGAUGUGUUAAAUCGAAUUUUCUCUUCCACGCCAAAGCCUUCAAAGCAUGCACGUGCCAAACUUGCGCUCGAGACCGGACUCACUAUGAGAGUUAUUCAGGUAUUUCAUUCUUUAGAAUCGUACACACAGAACUCAAGAGGUGAAGGAAGAACAUUUGCACACAUUUGUGAUCAUUUGUGA